AUGUCUCUCGCGGGAAAAGUAUUCACAGUCACCGGGGGCGCCAGUGGCAUUGGUCUCGCUACUGCUCGCAAGAUCGUCGAACGAGGAGGCACCGUCUGCAUUGGUGACGUCGACACGUCAGCGUUGGAGAAAGCGGAGGUCGAGUUCUCGUCCAAGUCUUCGCCGUACUCUGUGACGAGGAUUGAUGUUUCGCAGAGGGCGGAAGUGGACAACUGGAUUGCCGACUGCGUGGCCAAGUUUGGUCGUCUCGAUGGGGCCGCGAAUAUCGCGGGCGUCACAGGGAAGGAUCACGGCCAGAAGGUAGUGCGGGACCAAGACGAUGGCGAGUGGCACAAGAUCAUCGGCGUGAACCUGACGGGGGUGAUGCACUGUUUGCGAGCGCAGCUGCGCGUGAUUGAGGACAAAGGGUCCAUUGUGAACAUGGCGUCCAUCCAUGGACAUCGAGGCAUGGCCAACUAUGCAGCGUACUCCGCCAGCAAGCACGGUGUCAUAGGGUUGACUGAAGCGGCUGCUCAAGAGAACGGUCAGCGGGAAGUGAGGGUGAAUGCUGUGGCACCUGGACCAAUAUAUACGCCCAUGAUGCAGAAGCAUUGGGACAUGACCGGCCGGCCUGCUGGUGCGCCAUUCGACGACCCGAUUGCCUUCCCCAGACAAGGAACGGCGGAAGAGGUAGCCAACGUGGUCCUCUUCUUGUUAGGGCCAGAAAGCAGCUUUGUGAGCGGUAGUUGCUACGAUGUUGAUGGUGCCUGGACAUAG